GGGCAAUGAUAUCAGUUGGGAGGGGGAAGAACUGCGCACAACGGGCUGCUCGAAUAUUAUUAGGGUCCCUUAUCCCCCCCCUUCACAACCCAGAACCAUUUUCCCACGACUUGCAAUCACCAGAUUCCCCACUCCAUCGAUCCCACUAUUACAAUACCAUCAGAACCAACGCAGUAAGCAACAGCAACACCCAGUCAUGUCCAUCCAAACAGCAAAGGGCGUCUCCAUCUUGGGCCCAGUCAAGCCUCAGUACGCGGACAUCUUGUCCAUUCCCGCUCAGGAGUUUGUCGCUACUCUCAACAGGGCAUUCAACGGUCGUCGCAAGGAGCUCCUCCAACGACGCGUCGAGCGUCAGAAGCAGCUCGACGCUGGAAAGUUCCCUGAUUUCCUUCCCGAGACAAAGGCGAUCCGUGAUGACCCUACUUGGAAGGCCGCGCCUCCCGCUCCAGGAUUGAUUGACCGUCGCGUCGAGAUUACCGGUCCCGUCGACCGGAAAAUGGUCAUCAACGCUCUCAACUCCGGGGCAUUGACCUACAUGGCCGACUUUGAAGACUCGAAUGCUCCCACAUGGGAGAACAACAUUUCAGGACAAUGCAACCUGCGGGACGCUGUCCGAAGACAGAUCGACUUCCAGGCACCUAACGGAAAGUACUACAAGUUGAAGGAAGGCCGCCUCGCCACGCUGCUCGUCCGCCCUCGUGGAUGGCACUUGGAGGAGAAGCAUUUCCUGGUCGAUGGAGAGCCAGUAUCGGGAUCCAUCUUCGACUUUGCUCUCUACUUUUUCCACAAUGGUGCGGAGUCCGUGCGCCGCGGGUUCGGACCGUACUUCUACCUCCCGAAAAUGGAGUCGCACCUGGAAGCCAGGCUAUGGAACGACGUUUUCAACCUCGCUCAGGACAUCCUCAGCAUUCCCCGCGGUACUAUCCGAGGGACCGUCCUGAUCGAGACCAUCAUGGCAGCGUACGAGAUGGACGAGAUCAUCUUUGAACUGCGGGACCACUCCUCAGGGUUGAACUGUGGUCGAUGGGACUACAUCUUCUCCUUCAUCAAGAAGUUCCGUAACCACUCCCAAUUCGUGCUGCCCGACCGUGGCGACAUCACCAUGACCACGCCCUUCAUGGACGCCUAUGUCCGCCUCCUCAUCAAGACCUGCCACAAGCGCGGCGUGCACGCCAUGGGCGGCAUGGCAGCCUUCAUUCCCAUCAAAGACGACCCCGCCAAGAACGACGCGGCGAUGGCCAAGGUCCGCGCCGACAAGCAACGCGAGGUCCAGGCCGGCCACGACGGCACCUGGGUCGCGCACCCAGACCUGGUUAAACUCGCCAAGGACAUCUUCGACAAGCACAUGCCCCAGCCCAACCAGCUCUACAUCCGCCGCGAGGACGUCGAGGUCACGGGCGCCCACCUGAUCUCCACCCAGGGCGUCAGCGGCAAGAUUACCGACAACGGCCUGCGCAUGAACAUCGACGUCGCGCUGCAGUACAUGGAGGCCUGGCUCCGGGGGAACGGGUGCGUGCCCAUCCAUAACCUGAUGGAGGACGCGGCUACCGCUGAGAUUUCGAGGUCGCAGCUGUGGCAGUGGGUGCGUCACCGUGCCCGCACCGCUGAGGGGAAGGAGGUCACGCCGGAGCUGGUUAGCAAGCUGCUGGAUGAGGAAGUGGAGAAAGUGAAGCAGCGGCUGGGAGAGCAGAAGUUUGCGGCGUCCAAGUUUGAGCUCGCUAAGAAGCACCUUGUGGGGACUAUCCAAGGGAGGGAGUACUCUGAUUUCUUGACGACUCUUUGCUACGACUCGAUCCUCACCCUCUCCGCCGGUGGCGCUAAGCUUUAAACAAGUUGCGUCACCCUGCCGACCCCCAACCUCAGGAAUGCCACCCCAACCACCUAUCACAGCUGCAUAUAGCUCUAUAGUCAGUCCCGCUUACUCGUAGUUUUCUUUC